GGAGCGGGGCCGGCGCCGCGGCCGCUUCUGCUGGCCGAACUGCUGCCGCCGCCGGGCGGACGGGCGGGCGGACGCGCAAAGCCGGGGCGGGCGCGGCGAGGCGCGGCGGGGCGGACCGGCCCCGAUGAGGCGCAAAGAGAAGCGGCUCCUGCAGGCGGUGGCGCUGGCUCUGGCGGCCCUGGUCCUCCUGCCCAACGUGGGGCUCUGGGCUCUGUACCGCGAGCGGCAGCCCGACGGUAGCCCUGGGGGAUCGGGGGUGGCAGUGGCCCCCGCGGCGGUACAGGACUUACACGGCCGACCGAAGAAGCCGUUUUUCUUGGAGGAUAAAGAAAAACUGAAGGACUGGCAUGACCAGGAGGCUAUCAGGAGGGACGCACAGCGAGUAGGACAUGGAGAACAGGGGAAGCCUUACCCCAUGACCGAUGCCGAGAGAGUGGACCAGGCAUACCGAGAAAAUGGAUUUAACAUCUACGUCAGUGAUAAAAUCUCCCUGAAUCGCUCUCUCCCGGACAUCCGGCACAUAAACUGCAACAGCAAGCGCUACCUGGAGACCCUCCCCAACACCAGCAUCGUCAUCCCUUUCCACAACGAGGGCUGGUCCUCACUGCUCCGCACUGUGCACAGCGUACUCAGCCGCUCACCCCCAGAGCUGGUGGCGGAGAUCGUGUUGGUGGAUGACUUCAGUGAUCGAGAGCAUCUGAAGAAGCCACUCGAGGACUACAUGGCCCAUUUCCCCAGCGUGAGGAUUCUGAGGACCAAGAAACGAGAAGGCCUAAUAAGGACCCGAAUGCUGGGGGCUUCGGCAGCCACCGGGGACGUCAUCACAUUCUUAGACUCACACUGUGAAGCCAAUGUCAACUGGCUCCCGCCUUUGCUCGACCGCAUUGCUCGGAACCGAAAGACCAUUGUGUGCCCAAUGAUCGACGUCAUCGACCACGAUGACUUCCGCUAUGAGACACAGGCCGGGGACGCCAUGCGGGGUGCCUUCGACUGGGAGAUGUAUUACAAACGGAUCCCCAUCCCUCCAGAGCUGCAAAAGGCUGACCCCAGUGACCCAUUUGAGUCUCCCGUAAUGGCUGGAGGGCUGUUCGCUGUGGACCGGAAGUGGUUCUGGGAGCUGGGCGGAUAUGACCCUGGCUUGGAGAUCUGGGGAGGGGAGCAGUAUGAGAUCUCCUUCAAGGUGUGGAUGUGUGGGGGCCGCAUGGAGGACAUCCCCUGUUCCAGGGUGGGCCACAUCUACAGGAAGUAUGUGCCCUACAAGGUCCCCGCUGGAGUCAGCCUGGCCCGGAACCUGAAGCGAGUGGCAGAGGUGUGGAUGGAUGAGUAUGCAGAGUACAUAUACCAGCGCAGACCAGAGUACCGCCACCUCUCAGCUGGGGAUGUCGUGGCCCAGAAAAAGCUCCGAAGCUCCCUCAACUGCAAGAGCUUCAAGUGGUUUAUGACCAAGAUUGCCUGGGACCUGCCCAAGUUCUACCCACCCGUGGAGCCCCCAGCCGCGGCAUGGGGGGAGAUUCACAAUGUGGGCACAGGACUGUGCACAGACACCAAGCAUGGCACAUUGGGCUCACCGCUGAGGCUUGAGACCUGCAUUCGGGGCCGUGGGGAGGCUGCCUGGAACAGCAUGCAGGUCUUCACCUUCACCUGGAGGGAGGACAUCCGGCCUGGAGACCCUCAGCACACCAAGAAGCUCUGCUUCGACGCUGUCUCCCACACUAGCCCAGUCACCCUCUAUGACUGCCACAGCAUGAAGGGCAACCAGCUGUGGAAAUACCGCAAGGACAAGACCCUGUACCACCCUGUGAGCGGCAGCUGCAUGGACUGCAGUGAAAGCGACCGCAGGAUCUUCAUGAACGCCUGCAACCCCGCCUCCCUCACCCAGCAGUGGCUCUUCGAACACACCAACUCUACGGUCUUAGAGAAGUUCAACAGAAACUGAGGCCUCAGACCUCCUCAGCAAGCCCCUCGGGUUGCUAUGGAGAGCUGGCCCACCUUCCUCCCGUGGGAGAAGGGGAUCUGUGGGCACCAAGGUGCUGGGCCAAAUGGCUUGGGGCGCAGGGUUCUUGAAGCACUCGUGUGGUGGGGCCAGGGGGAGGACAGCCCAGACAAAUGGCUCCACCAGGAGCCGGAACCCGCUUACGUUGGCGCAGAGUUCCUCAGCCUGCCAACAUGUCCCCUAAGUGUUCGGCAUACCUGGGCAGCCUCAGGCCAGAAAAUUAGUCCUAUAAGGAUGCCCACCUCUCGGGCUGCUCCCAGACAUGACAGUGUCCUAGGAAGAAAGGUGGUAUUGGCCUUGGGGCUGCUCUUAAGCCUAUGUGCCAGCCGCUGGCAAGGCAGUCUGCCCGUGCCGGGGAUGCCUGCCAAUAUUGCCUGUGUUGGUCCAGGGCAGUGAGAGCCCAGUGGGACCUCGGAGUGUUCCAUAACUCGCCCUGGCCAGCAACCAGGCAAGGCCCCCCCCUUAUUCCGCAGCCGGAUGGAUGUAAAGGACGUCUCCCCUGACUCUCUGGGUGUUUCGGAUGCCCAUUCUAGCUUUUGGGCUCUCUGGGUACCAGGUUUUCGGGGCUAGUUCAGCUGGCUGAGUAGACCUCCAGACUGAACAGCUCCCAGCCCAUGCUUCCAAAGCCCUUUCUCUAUAUCUGUCCUUGGCAGCUCCCUGCCUCAGAGAGGAAUGGGGUGCUGUGAGGUGCUCACUUCUAGAGUCCUCUGGGAGAGCAGCAUCCCCCAGAGAAUGGCCAUUGUGGCCCUAACCUCACAGAACCCUGGAGUUUCUGAAAAGUACUAUGGUUCUGUCAAAAGCCAAGAUGAGCCAUGGGGUGUGUGGGCAUACAGUGCAAGCAGCCAAGUGUCAGGCAACCCCUGACCCCAGCCCAUGUGUCACCCCUAGGGGUAGAGGCUGUGGGGGACCAGAGGCUUUGGUACAACUCAAUGCCUGACCAUCACAGCUGCAGCCUCGUUAACGGUGAGGUCCUCAUAAGCUAUUGUCCCCUGACCAGAUCACCCCUAGCCCCAUGUCAGGGUCCCAGGGGGGUCUCAAACAAAAACUUGCCCUCCAAGGUCUGGGUCACUUGAUCUUGUUACUUACCAGUGAAGUAACUGAUACAUGGUUCUGGGGACAGAGCUCUGCUGGAGAGAUUCUGGUACUGAGGUCAGCAAGCCCCCCCAGCUUGGCCAGGUGACUGGUGAAGAGCCUCCUCCAUGCAGCCCCUGUGCGGUCAUGGCCCACUUGUGUAUUCCUAGUGUCCUUUUCCAGAUGAACAUUCUACCUUACAAGUGGCCACCUAAGAAGGAAUCCCAGGUGGGGGUGGAUGGGGGUCUAGAAUCCAGUGGGGGUGGAGUUUGCAGCCAAGGGGAGUGGAGUCCUCAGAGAGCAAUGUGGCCUCCUUACAAUAAAAAAAACUGUGCCUUUUACAAAGAGAAAAUGCAACCGAGCAGCCGAUUCCCUAAACUUGAACCACUUCCUAGUGCCUUGCUAGACAGACA